ACGCUGAUCCAGAGGCAGCAUGGACUCCUUCAGCAGUACCUUUAUCCGCAGGCCAUCGUACAGCCCAGCCUCAUAGUUCCCUCACAGAUGUCCUCCAUCAAUUCACCCUACAUGGACUACAGCGCCCCCUACGCUCAGAGCUGCAGCAAGACUCUGGACCCCAGAGAGCUUACUCGUGGGGGCGCUCAGUUAAGUGUUUUUACACUGUGAUGCACCUAAUUAUUUUAAUUGAGAGUUCCAAGGUAAGUGUUUGAGGUAAGUACCCUGAAAUGGGGGUGCUGUGUGGCUCAUGCUCUAAAGGUUGCUGGUUUGAGCCCCACUGCAGCAAAAUAACUCCAUGUCUGUGGGCCCUUAAGUGUGGCCCUUAACCCCCAGCUCUCUGGGCACUGCAAGGUGGUUGCCCCAUCGCCAUAACCCCCAAGCUUUAUGGAGAGCAAGGUGGGGGCCAAGCACUGAAGGGAAUCUCCCCCCAGAGGUCAAUAACAUAUCACCAUUCUAUUCUAUUCUUCAUCAGGAGUACAGUGGUGAUUAACACAAAAAAAAAACACUUUUAAAAGUGUCCUUAACCACUUUUCUACCUGCUGCUGUCCUUCUGAAGAGCUUAGCGAUUGUCAUCAUAAAGGUAUCAUCCUCUCUAAUUUUUAUCCAUAUCCCACUUUUGUACUUCAUUACACUGAUAGAUUUUACAGCUUAAUUACAGCGGCGGUCGCUGCUUGCACACACAGGCCUAGGUGUGCUGUGAAAGUUGUUCAUCUUGUGUCCUCUCACUGGUGGUAGCUGGACUGUCUCCUGAUGUUGCUAAAACUCUCUUCAUCUAAUUCCAGAAGAUGAACAGAUGGAUGCUAGCAACUGAGGUCUCUACAGACUCCCACAGAUCUUCGUACUUCUAACACAACAUUUACGGAGGGGUAUUUCACUGGAAACGUCAGAGAAAAAAUGCUUUUUGUUAUAACUUCUACUUUUUACAUCUUUAUCUUGCAUGUAUUCUAUGCAUUAUUGUGUGGAAAAAAACAUGUGAAACGAUAGUUUGCUUAUUAGCAUUCAUUUAGUGGCAGUCAGUCUCCAGUGAGCCAUGCCGUUGUUCAGUUUGCAACCAACCUUUCAUUGUUAAAUAAAAACAAGAGGAAGCAAAUCAGCAACAAAGGUGCAUAUGCAGCAACUGAGGCGACUGACCCCUGCGAGACGCAGUUUUACGGGGUCGUUCACUUAUUUAUAUCUUUAUUUGCGAUUUCUUUAUCGAGAUCACAGUGUUUAUUCUGGGCCCGUUUUACUCUUUUAUCUUCAGGCCAAACAACAAAGGAAAGUGAAUGUAUGUUUUGAGACUUUAACAUAUUAGGUCAACUGUCUCAUAGCCAAUCCUGCACCACGGGAACUAGGCAUCACCUUCCUGUUGACAGAAGCUGGACGUGAUGUAAACCUGGCUGCCGUCGCUGGAAUGUAUGCCGUUGCAAAUUAAGGGGAUUUCCGUGGUGCCUUGCUCUCUCCUUGAGGGAGUAAAAUGCAUAGUGCCUAUUGAAGGAGAGCCCGGCAGGGGGGGCAGGGGGUAGGGAAAAUUAUGGGAAAGGCAGGCCUACAGUCUCCGCUGCCCCUAUUAGCUUUUUACAUGUAAAAGCAGUUUGUGACCUUUCAGAGCGAUGACCAGUUGUGUGUGCGCACUCAAAAAGAUGCAGUAAAUGUCGGUAGUGGUUCCUCCAAAGUCUUUAGCUGUCUAGAACCUUGUGUGCACUGACCUGAAUGUAACAGAAUUGGACUGUGACCUGGUAUAAUUAAAACAAUGACACUCUCAAGCACUGUUACUCCCAGGCAGCUUCCAGAAGCCUUCUGUAACGCACAGCUAAGUACAUCUGAAAGUUCUGUUGGGCAUGAGUGAUGAAGGUUUGUGCACUGGUGCACAUCUCAUCCUCCCUUGGGUCUUACUGGCUAAGUUGGCGUUCAGCCAGUCCAAAAUGGCCCCGACCUACCGAGGCUCUAAGGAGCUUUGUUGACAUAGGAUAGAAUGAGGAAACCUACGUGCUAUUCUCUCCCUGGAACCUACUCUGCGUGGUUGUGCGAUGAGGAUCUCUACUUCAUCAUGGCCACUACAGGAUUUAGGCACUGCUAUGACAAAUUUAUUCUUGUGGUGAGAUGCAUGGCUGUGCCGGCGGGGCGGAGCGCAGAGCCGGAUGGAACACCGCCGGCCAGGGCAGGACAGCAGCACCAUGCCUCAGCAACACUCAGCCGGCAGCCAAUUAUUACCGCCAGCUGAAGAUAACUGGCCUGGCUCUCCCUGGAGCGUCACAGAGCCCUCCCACAUGGAGAGAAGGAGACAGAAGGGUCCUCCUGUACGUGCUGUUCUUGGAAACACAAACGAUGACAUCAUAAUGCAGCUAAGAGUUUGCUGCUGCAGAGACAAUGGUGUCCUGUCCCUGAGGAGGAGGACCCAGAUGAAAGCGCCACCUGCUGACGGAAGGGUGAAGCGUAAUUUGCCAACCCUGCCCAUCAUCAACCCAGAGCGACUGCGCACAGCCAAAGCCCUCGUAGACAAGGCUGUGAAGUUGCGGAAGGUGUUCUCGGUGCAAGGGGCGUACCCUGUGGUGCGUGGCAGCCUGCGGGCGCGGGGCUGGGUGGAACGCCACAUCCCGCACCCAAGCCCCCUGGUGAGAUGUCGCCACAGGAAUGAAGAAGAUCAGGACAAUAGGGAUGAUAGCGAUGGUGAUGACAGACCUGAGGUGCUGGAGAAACCCAGCAACUCUGAUGACCUGUUUGACCUCAUGUCUCGUCUGGUUCGUAAUGAAACAACCUAUUUCUACUGGACGACUAGGAGAGAUGAGAUCGACUGUCAUUCACUGCGGAAGGAGCAGAUGACCAAUCACUAUGCAAAGGCGGGCAGCUUCACUACCAAGGUUGGUUUAUGUGUGAACCUGAGGAACCUUCACUGGUUUGACGAGGCUGACCCCGACACCUUCUUCCCACGCUGCUACAGGCUUGGGGCAGAGGACGAGAAACAGACCUUUAUCGAGGAUUUCUGCAGAACAGCGUGCACCAGCCUUUUGCAGGUUGUUGUGGAGAGAGGCCCAGGGGAGCAGAGAGGGGGAGUGGUGCCCACAGGGGCGGUGCCUGAUCCCAGCCAAUCACAGUAUCAAAAGAAGUCGAAUAAGCACAGAGCCUUGACAAUGGCUGGGCCUAGAAUGAUUGACACCGCCUUAAAGGUGUGCCAGGACUUUCUGGACAGCCUGGAUCAUCGUGACAUUGAUAUUGCCAGAGAAACGCCUUCUCUCACAGAGCAGCAGUGGGCGGAGUUUAUUUACAACUAUUACCUCAUUAUACACAACGGCGUGACGAUGGAGGACAGCGCUCGGCACAUAGACCGCUGUCGGGCAAUGCUGCAGAGGCUGCGGAAGGUCUGUCCGCAGCUGGAAACAGACGGAAUCCACAACAUCUGGAUCGUUAAGCCCGGGGCCAAGUCACGAGGCAGGGGCAUACUGUGUUUUAAAUAUCUGGACGAUAUCUUGAAGCUGGUAGACAGUGAUCCUGCUUUGAUCAAGGACAGCAAGUGGGUGGUACAGAAAUACCUUGAGCGCCCCCUUCUGAUUCAUGGCACCAAGUUCGACCUGCGACAGUGGUUCCUGGUGACCGACUGGAAUCCCCUGACUGUGUGGUUCUAUAAUGAGUGCUACCUGCGCUUUUCCACCCAGCCGUACUCCGUGGAAACACUGGACAGCUCAGUUCACCUGUGUAACAACUCCAUCCAGAAACACUUCCCACCAUCUCAGCAUCGCCACCCGGAGGUGCCCGAGGACAGCAUGUGGUCCUGCGAGCAGUUCCGGUCUUUCCUGGGUCGACAGGGCCGAGGGGCCCAGUGGGAGGACACUGUGGUCCCGGGCAUGCGGCAGGCAGUGGUGCAUGCCCUGCAGACGGCACAGGACCUGGUGGAGUCCCGGCAGGGCAGCUUUGAACUUUACGGCGCUGACUUCAUGCUGGGGCGAGACCUGAGGCCUUGGCUCAUCGAGAUUAACGCCAGCCCAACCAUGGCUCCCUCCACGGCUGUGACGGCUCGCCUGUGUGCUGCUGUGCAGGAGGACACGCUGCGGGUGGUGUUGGACCACCGUCUCGACUGCAACGCCGACACGGGCGGGUUCGAGCUCAUAUACAAGCAGCCAGCUGUUGAAGUCCCACAGUAUGUGGGGGUAAACCUGCUUGUGGAGGGAGCUUCUCUAAAAAGAUCUCGCGCACCCCCUCGAGGAAGCCCCGUCCUCCAUGAGCCCUUGUCCAUCCCCCAGACUCGUGCCAAGCACCCAGGCCAAAACAUGGCUGUGAAAGGUGGAGAAGCGGCCGGCAGACCGGGGAAAACCGCAGAGAAACCAGCAGAGCCACCCCAGACUGCAUCCUACAGCAACGCCAUUGCGGUGUCAAAGCGCUCCUUUCCUGGCAAGGAGAACCACAGGGAACGGACAGGGUCAGUGCCUGCACAGAGCCUCAUGAGGGGCCGGGGAGGUUCAGUGCUUGGGCGCCGGCUAUACUUCUCUCUUGUCAGGGCCACCCCCAAAAUCACUGGACAUUCCAGCCCCAGCACAGAGUUCAAAAAGCCAAGAUGCGUGACAUUCUCCAGCACAGACGUCCCGCAAAGGCAGCUAGGCCGGGCAUAUCGCUCUCUGGACACAAUGAGGCAUACCUACCGCAGCCGCUUGUCCCACACUGGCCGCCUGUGGCUGCCCACCCUCACAGCUCCACUGAGGGCUCCCCAUAGACUCCCCACCUUGUACACCCCAAUCCCACCACUAGGGGUCAGCCCGCAGAUGGAUUUGUUGAGUGCUGCUCAUACCACAGCCCGUGAGCUGCCAAUCUCACACACCAGACCCCAGAUGCAUCAGGUGCUGCCUCUGAAACAGAUCACAGCCAGGUGUAAGGAAGGUGGCAGCCGUAAGUCCAAUUAAAAUCUACCAAGUAUAACAACCUAAACCAGGCAUUGAAAGACUGGGGGCAAAAACGAAGGGAAAGGUGCCCUAGGUGCUGUUAGAGUAGCAUGCUGUGCUUUGAUUAAAAUUGCCAUUAAUCAUACACCUCAGCUUUACAAGCAUGUUGCGAUCCCAUCAAGACUUUGAAGUCUGUAUAGUCAGAAUAAUAAUUAAACUCAGUUUAAACCUUUGCAUGAUGUUUGUCACGUGUGAAGGGAGAGGCAACCCAAAUGCAACUAAAACGGGCUUUAUUUGAUACCACACUAGACAUCUGUGACAACAGCUAUGACCAAACUGGGGAAGACACUCUAGGAAGGCACUUAUAUACACUGAACAUGAUUACCAGAUUGAAGACAGUUAUGGAUGGUUAAGACAUCUGCUGGUCAAACAUGGACAUGAUGGGAGUUGGAUCAUGACAAUAUUUUGCCAUGGGGUAUCAAAAUUGACGCAAUUAAAGGUAAUGUGAUAAAAGAAAAGGUGCAUUAUUUCUUUUAUUUGUAUUAUUCAAGAUACAUAUUUUACACAGUAUUGUUACACAGAAUUGAGUCAGAGGUCUUCAUGAGGAGGGUUGUCCCUAGGUGGGCAGUGGUCAAGCCCUGCCUCCCUGCUUGAGUUAAGGUGCUUGAUCCACAACCCGAUGAUGUCCUGAUGCGGGUCUCAGGUCCAGACUCUGCUGGGAGGCCUCCCUGCUGAUAACUACCUCAGAGGUGUCCAUCAUCAGGAUGUUCUGAUGGGUCAGGAUGCUGGCAAGCAGGUCAGGAAUGAUGGUGGCCUCCACCAUCACCUCCAAAUACCGAGCCCUUGCCUGCAAAACUCACGGAAUACCCCCACUGGAGCUUUUACUCCAGGGGUGGCCAAUCUUAUCUGCAAAGGGCCAGUGUGUGUGCAGGUUUUUGCUGCAACUCCUUAAUUAGAUUACUAAUUAGAGGACUGAUUAGCUGAAGAGUCCUCACACCUGGGUGUGAACAGCUGACCUAAAGAGUAUCCCUAAAACCCGCAAACACACUGGACCUUUACAGAUAAGAUUGGCCACCUCUGUCUUAUGGUGCCUUCAAUUAUUUCUCUCCAAGUCGGAACUCGGAUGAAAACGUCACGAAACGUUACUUCCCGUCGGAAACACGCCUCUUUUAUGACGUUGAUGUUGUCCGAGUUGCCGCUGUGACGUAAUUUCAACACGGCGGCUUACACACUCAAACAAUAAUUCUAUUUUACAAAUCUUUAAAUUUUUAAUUAUUAUUUAUAAUUAUUAAUAAUUAUAAAUGUAAUUGCACGUGUUCGAUUUAGAGAAUACCAUAUCGUGACCGUAAACAGUAUCCCAGCAUGCAAUAUCAGAUUUUUACCAGAUUUGUUAGUUUUUGGUUUGUUUGUAAUUUGUUUGCCUCUCGAAAAAAGAAUAUCGCUAUGA